AACAGCCGAUAAGCGCUGCCGCCGCAAGCCGCGCCUCAGUGACCUCCCGCACAGACGGCUGCAACGCUGCCAUUCUGCAGGUGACGAAUGCCGCCGGCUUACAGCAGCAUGAACAACUCGGGGAACAACAUGAGCGAGCAACCGGACCCGGACUUCAUCAAGAUGUUCGUGGGCCAGAUCCCCCGCUCCAUGGACGAGAACGACCUCCGGAAGAUGUUCGAGGAGUUCGGACGCGUCCACCAGAUCAAUGUGCUCAGGGACAAGGUUACCGGACAAAGCAAAGGUUGCUGCUUCGUGACGUUCUUCACGCGUAAGUCGGCGCUGGACGCCCAGAAUGCGCUGCAUAACAUCAAGACUCUGGCAGGGAUGCAUCACCCCAUCCAGAUGAAGCCUGCCGACAGCGAGAACAGGAACGAGCGGAAGCUGUUCGUGGGCAUGCUCUCCAAAAAGAGCUCUGAAAAUGAUGUGAGGGCUAUGUUCAGCCCCUUCGGCACCAUUGAAGAAUGCACAGUUUUGCGGGACACCAAUGGUCAGAGCAAAGGCUGUGCCUUUGUUACAUACACUUCCAAACAGUGUGCCAUUAAUGCAAUCAAGGCCAUGCACCAUUCCCAAACAAUGGAGGGCUGUUCUUCACCUUUAGUAGUGAAAUUUGCUGACACUCAAAAGGAAAAGGACCAGAAACGACUCCAGCAGUUACAGGCAAGCAUGUGGAGCUUACCAACAGCUAAUCUGGGUGGUAUAAACCCUCAAUAUCUGGCCUUGCUGCAGCAGUUGCAGAAUACGACAAACUCGACAACAACAAAUGGGCAGACAGCGGGUCUGUCGGCAUUAAAUUCUGUGCAACAGCAGCUCCUCCUGCAACAGCAGCUACAGGCUGCACAAAACACAACCAGUCUGCAGAGUUUAGCAGCAUUACAGAAUUCCACAGGAUUAAACUUGACAGGCUCUACAGGGACUGCAAGCACAGACAUCAAUCCAGCAAAUCUUCAGGGACUUGCAACAUUAGCUAAUUUAUCAGUAGCAAACCCCACAGUCAGUCCUAUGAGUAUGCAGAAUCUUGUAACACUUGCAGCGAUGACUGGUGGCAGUGGAACUAAUCUGCAGGUAUCACCUACAGGAUCCAGUGCAUCUGGUUUAAGUAGUCCAGCUCUCUCGAGCCUAACCAACUCGACUGCAGCACUCCUAAGGAAAGCAAGUAGUGCAGGUCUCCUAGGAAAAACAAGCAGUACAGGGUCGCUAACGGGACAAACGUCAGGUGGUAGCCCACUGAGCCCUGUUACGAGCAUGGGGCUGGGCAGCUUGACAGGGUCGCCGCUGAACUCGAUGGCCUCCAUCAAUGGCCUGGGUUCUGCUGCUGCGGCGCACAAUGGUACGGGGCUGGGACUGGAUGCCUUGACAUCUGCCUACUCGGGCAUCCAGCAGUACACUGGUUUUCCGGCAUUUGGCAGUGGCGGUGCCCACGGAGGUGGCUCUGGACCUGGGAGCAUAACAGGGGCUGGAAGCACUGCAGGUCCAGCUGGCAAGCAGAUAGAGGGGCCUGAGGGAGCAAACCUCUUCAUCUACCACUUACCACAAGAAUUCAGUGAUACUGAUCUUGCAUCCACCUUCUUGCCCUUUGGGAACAUUGUGUCAGCCAAAGUAUUCAUUGAUAAACAAACCAAUCUUUCAAAGUGUUUUGGUUUUGUGUCAUAUGACAACCCAGUCAGCGCCCAGGCAGCAAUACAGGCGAUGAACGGGUUCCAGAUUGGCACGAAGAGACUUAAGGUGCAGUUGAAGCGCUCCAAGGAGGCAUCCAGACCGUACUAAGUGCCAGGAAGGCCUGCGCUCUGUGGUUUGCCCCUGGACCGUCCGUAACCAAAAUAGUCACAUUGUGUCGUACGGGUCCGACGACUGAGAACUGUGCCGGCCACCUGUACGUUUGUGAAUUUCUCUAUAUCAUUUUGUAUUUUUUUUUUUACUUGAAAUAACAGCAUUUUAGUAAAAUAGCGUAACAAAAUCAUAUCAGCACAAAGGAGAUAAAAUUUGUGAAGAUUGUAAUUAAAUGUCAAUGUUUCUUCUUUGAAAAUGAAAUGAUCAGAUUUGAAAUACUGUGCACUGUGUUUGCAUGUGACAAUGAAAGAGCAGAAACUGUUUUGCUGAAUACUGUAUGAAAAACUCAGAGUAAUUUUUAUAAAUUGAUGUUGAAUUCUCAAAUAAAACAAAAAAUUAAAAAAUGUCCUUUACAUAACAAAAGCAAUUUGUUAUUUUUUGAACCUGUAAGUUCUUAAGUAUGUUGUCAUUAAGUACAGUAAUAAAUGUAUCUGUGCAGAACACUGUGUAUUUGUUGUUAAAAAUAAGUUUUGUAUUAUGGUGUUAAAUAACUGUUAUGGCGGAUUGGUGUGUAUUUCAUGGAACUGGAAAUAAUUUCUUUAUAUUAUUCAUUUUAUUACUUCAGAUGGCUUACACCAAACAUAGUCUGUACUUCUUAAUUCACUCAGCUCCUGAUAUACUUGAUAUAUGUGACAAAUUGCUGAGCAAAUAUUUCAAAUGACAGGACCAAGUGCACCUCCAGAUGAGGGUUAGUGCAGGAUGUGGCAGGCUGCAUCAUUUUAAUUCUUUGACUGACACAGACCUGUAAGCAUUUUAAAUCAGUGUUGUCUUUCACCUGCUGUUGUUGUCAAAUUAAUGUAUUUUGUACAAUACAUGUAGUGCCACCUCCUGGAAAGGAUCCCUCACUAAAGUACCAUCUGCCAUAAAUUCACUUUUUCUGUAACCUUGCACUCCAUCUUUUUUUCUCUUAGUAUUCACUAUCUUCAAUGAAAAUGCUAGUUUUAUGUCAUUAUUGUUACCAUUUUCUGUGUACAAAAGGCACUUUUCCUAGUCUUACUUGAAUGCAAUUAAAACAAGUGAUUGUUAAAGACUUAUAGAAUAGAAAAUAAAGAGCGUGUUUAUAUUAUUAUGUUUGAAUGUUUGAUGUUUGAAGGCAGUAUAAAACAGAUUUUCUGUCUCCAGUGAAAAUUGUGUAAACUGAAUAGUACAGUGUCAGAAGGAAAAUAUCUGUAAAGUUACCAAAAGGGACACGGAUUACUUAACCAAAGAUAUGUCGUUAAUGUCUGGUUUGCCAGUUGUACUGUGACUGUUCUUAAUCCCCACCAUUGUUAUGUUAACGUUAUGAUGUGUGAAGGUGCAACAUAUAUGUUUAAGUUGUUCAGUCUGGCAUAUAAUUCAACCUAAGGAAAGGCAGAAACCAUUGAUGAUGACCAUACUGUGUAUUUAUAUGUGGUAGACUAGGCAAUGUUACAUUAAUUAUUAAUUGUUUUCAUAGUGAAGAUGUGAUUAAUUUGAAGUAAUAUAUAUCACCUUAAUUAUGUAUGUUAGUUGUUUACAUCUUGUUUUGUGUCAUGUUGGUAUGAUAGCAAGAUGGAAUUAUUAGUGCUAAUUUUAUUUGUUUCUUUUUGUGGGGUGUUUCUUUAUUUGUUCCAUUCAUAUUAUUGUGAAUUAAUACUUAAAGUUUGUUGUUAGUUAUAUUGUAGAAAGUGUUUAUUUGUUGUGUUCUGUUUCAUCUGGAGCAUGCUAUAAAUGUGAGGCUCUAUCCAUUGGUGUAAAAAAAAAAAAAAUUCAUUGUUUAUGAAUAAGAAAUUUUGCUUACUGUCAUAAAUGACAAUAAUUUUGUUUCACAUCUGAGAAAAUGACUGUUAAUACUACUCCAUUGUGAUAGGCCUCUUUAAUGUUCCUUUGAAUCUGCUUCUUUGAGGGGGAAAAAAAAUCAUAUUCCUGUUAAAGAUACGCCCAUUGUUGGCAUGGGCAUUGUCAGAGGCUCAUUAUUCAUAGAACAUCCAAGAAAAAAUGUAAUUGUGGACUUUCUUUUUGUAGAGAUUCAAAAUGUUUUAUAAACAAAAAUUAGAUUAUUCGAAUGAGGUUAAUGGAGGAGAAAAUUUUUUGUAAAUGUCUCCUAUUUCAUACAUCUUGUCAGUUUGCAAUGUUGUUUGUUCCUGCAGCGUAUAUUAUAUUGAGAUGACUUUUAUUCUUUAAAGGGCAUUUGUGAUAUUUGAUGAGCAAACUUUGAUGUGUUUCAAACUUAUUGGGGCAGAUUGACUGUGUUGGCUGUAAGACUAAUGUGAGAAAGAUCUUACAGUCACCUGGCACCUUCAGUAUAGUAGUACUGUAAUCUUUGUUGUGUUUUUGUUGUGUUUAAAAUAUUGUUCAUCAUAUUCUAACAGUCUCUUGGUUCUAUUAUACUGCAAACAACUGUUGUUAAAAUGGUCUACAAAAAUCUCAGGAACAAAAUGUAGUUUCCAUGGUUGUUCUGUCCAAGUGGAGUAGCACAACAGUAUGUCGUGUUCCUUGUUCGAGCCUGUUUUAUGUAAAUUAAAAAGAAGUGCUCACAAUUUGCAGCAUAAGUAUUUAUGUACAUUGAAAGAAAUGUAGACAGAAAUAUUUAGUUUUUAAAAAAAAGAUAUCCACAGCAGAAAAGGGGUAAAAAGCAGAUUUAUACUACUAUAGUCCGAUAGAAUUCAGUUAUGUGGUUAUUUAAGAAAUGACUAAUAAGUGUAUUGUAAAGGGCAGCAUGAAGAAAAUUAAAAACCUAUUUUGAAAGUA